CCUAGAGAGUCACAGAAAACCUCCCGCUCAUGGAGCCAUGAUCAGGAAACAACCCAUGCGGCACACUUCUCCUCAACCUUCUUUGGAAGCCUGGAUCUUUUGAAAUGAGCUUCAACUGGACACACGGCUUGGUGUCAACGGAUGGAUUAGCUCUGAAAGUUGCUGGUGGAUUAAUAUGACUAGAGCCUUCUCAUCUGUCUCUGGUGUUGGGAAUAUCUGACAUGGCGAGGAUUUUAACCAUCCAUGUGAGAAUCAUGCUGUUCCUCAUCCUGGCUUUAGUUCUUCUGCAAGGGGUCUUGACAUGUGAUGCGUCAGUCAUACCGUCAGUCAAACCUGGUGGGGGACACAGCCCUGCAAGAGCGGCGGGUUCUGACGCGACCAAGACCCGAUCUAAGCGCUGCACCUGCUACUCCUACACGGACAAAGAGUGUGUGUAUUACUGCCAUUUGGAUAUCAUCUGGAUCAACACUCCUGAGCGCACCGUGCCAUAUGGAAUGUCGAGCUACCAGGGACCUCAGCGGGUUCGGCGGGCUGCAGGAACCAGCGUGAGGAGUGAGCGCGCCAAAGAGAAAAUUCCUCGCUGCGUUUGCGCCAACCAGGGCACCGACGCGGGGUGCAGCGAGUUUUGUCUGUCGAGCCCUCAGCGCAUCGUCCCCGCCAAGAGUCUCCACAGAGUCCCGGGUCCCGGAUGACAGCCUGGCAGUGCCCCUUCAUCUGCUCUCCUUCCGCAGGGAAUUGGACUUUUCCCUCCUUUCCAGCCCUUCCACUCUCCUUUUGGCAACACUUGCUUUCACAGGUACUCUCAUGUUUAAGGAAGGAACUUUGCCCACAUUCCUUAGCAUCAUAACUCUCGGAGAAAAAUUCCAUAUUGCCGAAAGCUUUCAAGAAGUCUUCAGCAAAUUUGAUACGGAUCCCUGGAGGCCAUUCCCCUUUCUUCUCCCAUUCCAGAGAGCAGCACCAGGAUGGCUUUCACUAUCAUCUCAUCAUACCCCCAGGUCUUUGUUCUGUCAGGGUCGAUAUCGUUUUAUACUCUUGAGUUUGGACUGUUGUGGACAGCUCUUGAAACCAGGGACUUUGAAGAUGGUGCAAGAGGGAGCUCUUCCGUUUGUGAAAUGGGAACAGGCAUGUUAUUGUGUAUGGCUUUAAUAUAUUGAAAACCUCAGAUGCUGAUGCUGAAGAUAACUCGUCCUUUAGAGCGCAGACAACCUGCUACUGUGUUGUGCAAAUGGUUUAUGUCCCUGUACUAACAGUAGUCAGUGCUGAAUGGAACUGGGCAAACGGGAUAAGCAAAAUGCAUCAGAUAAACUCACUAUUGGUGGAGUUUAAAGGGGUUGUUUUGCACCUUUUGGAUGUGACUACCUUUCCAACACGCUCAACAUAAACACACAUGAGGCUUGUCUGUUUCAAAUGCUGUUACAGGUGGACCAUAAUAUUUGUUUUUGUCUGAUCCGUUGCCCUCCAAAAUGUGUAAUAAUCCUGGUUGCCAUGUGACAUGUUUUCAGCCCACUGUACUCUGCCUUGCAAAAGGUCGGAGUGAUGUCCAUGCUUCUGUCUCAUAACUGGCCGACUGAAAAAAACUCUACUACAAUUUAUUAAAAUCCUCAUGUGUGUACCCCGAUUUAGACAGUUCCUGACCCCAGGCAGAACACCCUAUAUGAGAUGGAUUACAGCGACAGAACAUCAGUGACUUUCCUGUUACAUUUCACUGCCGGAGGUAGCAAAACAACCCCCAAAUCCGGACCAACGUUGGCAGCAUAUGCCGCGAUGGACAAAUCAUAGCGGCUUGGCGUGAUGUGGCGCCAGAAGCAUAGCUAGCACACCAGCGACCCACCCCAGUGAGACGUCUUGUCAUUUUGCACAUGUCCCUUCUGUCAUGUCAAUGUGUUGGAAGCAGCAACUCAGAAUAUCAUAGAGAUACACACUGGAGGAACAGCUGACCAUUUGUGGUUACCAUUAUAUACAUAAUUCCAGAUUUUUUUUGUUUUAUUAUCAUGUAUAUAAACUGAAUGCAGAAUUCAAUGUGUGUAUGUUCUAAAAAUAAAGUCUGAUAUUGUCCCCAAGAUUAUUGAGGAUCAACUACAGACACCGAGGCAAGUUGGCUUCUCCUUUGUGUAUAAUUUAAACUAUUUUAAUUGACUUGGAGGUUACUGGAUUAAAUGUAAUUGAAAUAACUUGUGACCAUGAACCAUUGGCAGCCACUGACAUUUUUUCUUUUUGGGUCGCGGGUGCUGGCUCUCAAGCCAGAAGUGAAGGCCAUGAAAAUCAGUCAAAAUACAUUUGGGCAGAUUGUAGUGAAAGAGAAGGAAGGGGAAAAACAUUUUCACACGACAAAGAACAAUCUAGAGUCACUUCUUAAAUUCAAAACAAAAGUUAAAACUUGUGACGAUAAUAGUCAGUGGCUCUGAAACCUUUUUCCUGCCUCUUCUUGAUCUUGUUUUCACAACCUUCAAAUGUGACCCUCUUUGAAAAACGACCCCAAGUUUGCAUAGCUAAGCUAAACUGUUGGUUGGUCAAGCUGACGUCAGUCACUUGGGUCUCCAGAAGGAUGGCUGGUGCAGAAGCCGGCCAGCAGAGGUGCCAGAAGAGGAGAGAAAAAAAAACAGAAUAGUGCUGUGAAAACAAAUCGCCCUGGCAGAGAGAGCAAGACUAACACCGGUCUAAUCCUAUAAGCUGUUAUAAACACAACGUGGGUUUGCUGAAGUGUUCAGCAGUGCGAAAUGAAACUCCUCCAAAGUCACUUCUGCAACACUUAUCCAGUCAAUCUCAGACGGCGAGGGAAGAGAAGG